AUGAAAAUCGUUGCAGUAGUGGCGACGAUCGCCGCGGGGGUCGCGAGGGUCGCCCAUAAAGUGCAAGUAGAAGGUGGGGCGACUGGCCCUGAGCCAAGGGGGGAAGAACAGCCCCAGGGGGCUCUUGCACCCCAAGGAGGGGGAGUCAGUCUGACUACUGCGAUCUACCAUGCUCAUGUGGUGGCUGGGCGGUUGGAGGGAGAAGAAGGCCCAGCCAGGGCAGGGGCAGACCGCCUUGUGGGAAUUGUAGAAGAGGCAGUCUUACGCUCAGCAGCCAGAUUGACUGAGGUUGAACUGCUGAGGGGGUUAUGCUCCACUCAAAUGGAGGUAACAACCUUAGUAGGGGCUUUGUUGAGGAAGGCUGGGGUUGCAAAGCUCAAGGCAGAUGAGGCCAAGGCUCAACUUGUAAGGUUGAAGAAGGAGAGCGCAAACUGGGAGAGUGCCCACGUUGAGCUGCAAACGGUCAAGGUGGAGCUGGAGAACACACGCUGCCAGGUUGUAUCGCUCGAGUUCCAACUGGCUGGCGAGCAGAAGAGGUUGGAUGAGGCCCAAAAAGCCUGCCCGGUUGCGGUCGAACGACAUGAAGAGGCGAUGAGCAGUAAUAAAGAGCUGAAGGAGCUGGAGGGCGAGCGUGCAAAGGCAUUGGAAGAGAGGGAGAGCCUUCAGGAGGAGUUGGAGGCAGAGAGAGCCAAGGCAACUGCUGAAAGGGAGACCUUGAAGAAGGAGUUGGAGGCAGAGAAGGCCAAGACAACUGCUGAAAGGGCGUCCUUGAAGAAGGAGUGGGAGGAAGAGAGGGCUAAGGCAGCCUCUGAGACGGCGACCCUGCAGAAGGAGCUGGACGAAGAGAGGGCGAAGACAGCCUUUGAAAGGGCAGCUUACCCCGAUCUGUAUGUGGCAGCAAUGGAUCAAUUCAAGAGCUGA